AUUUGCAUAACCUAAAAAGUUUCUGCAAGUUUCUGCAAGUUCUGCAGCUCCACUUGGAACUCGGAAGCUCCAUGUUUACUAUGGAAGCACUGAUUCUCAACAUUUCAUAGUUUCAAUAUGGCGAACGGUGGAGCAUUCUUGGGCUUUAUUGCUGUUAUUGCUGCGAUUGGCUUUAAUUUUUCUUUGCAUAAGAUCGAAGAAGGCCAUAUAGGAGUCUAUUAUAGGGGCGGCGCUUUGCUUUCUUCAACCAGUGGACCUGGUUUUCAUAUCAUGAUACCAUUUGUGACAUCAUUCCGCAGUGUGCAAGUCACCAUGCAGACAGAUGAAGUAAAAAAUGUACCGUGUGGAACAAGUGGUGGUGUUCUUAUUCAUUUUGAUCGCAUUGAAGUUGUUAACAUUCUAAGUGCCUCUGAAGUUCAUAAUAUUGUCAGGAAUUUCACUGCUGACUAUGACAAGACGUUGAUAUUUAAUAAAAUUCAUCAUGAGCUUAAUCAGUUUUGCAGUGCUCAUACUUUGCAGGAGGUUUACAUUGAUCUAUUUGAUCAAAUUGAUGAGAAUUUACGAACAGCAAUACAGAAAGAUUUGAAUGUUAUGGCUCCAGGAUUAUCUGUUCAGGCUGUUCGGGUAACAAAACCAAAAAUUCCUGAAACCAUUCGUAAAAAUUAUGAAUUGAUGGAAGCAGAGAAGACGAAGUUGUUGAUUGCUCAACAAAAGCAAAGAGUCGUGGAGAAAGAGGCAGAGACUGACCGAAAACGAGCUGUAAUUGAGGCAGAAAAGGUGGCUUCCGUGUCCAAAAUUCAGUUUCAACAAAAGAUUAUGGAAAAAGAAAGUUUGAAGACAAUGUCUGAAAUUGAAGAUGCCACCAAUCUGGCCAGAGCAAAGGGAAACGCUGACGCAGAUUAUUACUCCGCUGUGAAGGCAUCUGAGGCGAAUAAGCUUAAACUGUCUAAAGAAUUCCUAGAGCUAGAACGAUACAGAUCAUUGACGAACAAUUUAAAGAUCUAUUUUGGACCUAACAUUCCGAGCAUAUUCUAUUCGUCGAAUUUUGCUGAAGAAUUACAAAAACGAUCCCAAGCAGUGAAGACUAAAGUUACGGAGAAGAAUUCUGAAGAAACGCCCUCGAAAUGAACAGGCUUAUCUUUGGAAAUUUGUUAAAGUUAGUAUAGUUUGCUCACCAAUUUCUCAUAGUUUAAUCAUGGAUAAUAAAGAUAAAUGGAUAGGGAACUUGUGGUUGCGCAGUGACGUUUUGAGCGCGCGGUUGGCUGAAACCUAGUCGCAAAUCGACCUCGUACCCGUGGUGUUCGCUCAGCCUGCCCUGGGAACGAGUUUGGCUGCAAAUCUUGACAUCACCAAAUCCUGAAAAGCUGCACGUUUGGCAAUAAUGCAGCAGAAAAUAUAAAAUAAUGUAAUCAAAAAACAAUUUUUUGCCGUUCUAUAUGAUGAAAUCUCUAGUAAUCCGAAUCAAAGAAAGGCACAAAAAAUUGUGCCCAAAAUUUAGUUAAAAUGCUUUGAAUUCUGCAAUUUCAGAACUAUGGCAAAUUCGUUUUUUAUAUUUAAUUUUUUGGCAAGAGAUUUGGCAUGAGGUAACGCGUUACUCAGCAAAAACAGUGAACAGAAGCAGUGACAACCCCCCUCCCCAAAAGCCUUAUUAUUAGGUUUACCAGGGGGGGCGAUGAAUUUUGUUCACGGUACUUGCUGAGUGACGAAUCAUGUGGCGCUUACGCAAACUACACUUGAGACGACUUCCUGUAUGUGCUGUAUGUUAUGUGGUGGUCAUGAUCAAAACAGCUAGUCCCCUAUCCAAAGUAUUAUUAUCCAUGGUUUUGCACCCCGUCCACGUGUGUCUCGGUUUGUUUGUAGCUAUUUGCAAAUUUUGUCGCAUUUACGUCUACACACACAACAAAUACACUAAUUUCGCAGUUGAAUCAAUAUAUCAUGCACGCAGCAACUUUUCUGGAAAUUGCAACGCAAACUUAUAGACAGAGAAAUAACGAUGUAUGCAAGAAUAUUGGUUUCUGAUGCUAAACAUGGCCUGAAGGCAACAAGUCGUAAGAAUGAUAGUAUUAAGGGUCACUUAAGUGAAACACGUGUCACGAUGGAUGCUUUUUUCGUUCGCAGCUAUACUUCCGAGAUUGAACUGCAAAUUGCGUUGAUAACUGCUCCAAGUCAAUGACUAUGCAAUAUGCCAUGAGGGUUUCAAUUCUGAGACUCGCUCGCGUUACCGCAGAAAACAGCAAAUAGUUGAAAUGAGUUUUUAGAAUCUUUCACCUCAUUUUGUUCUCUCAAAAACAUCAAGAUGCUAGCUGACAGUUCUAUAUUUCAUGAACAUUUUAACCUUACCUCCAUCACCAAAGUCACGUCGAACAAGGCUCUGUUACAAGGUGCAUUUUUUCCCCUGCAACUUGCGAAGUCUUCAAAAUGUAAGCUAGUGCAUAAGAAACGUCCAUGCAGUGCAUAUAAAUACAAAAAUUUCGAAGUCCACAAAUCUACAUCUCACAAAACAAGUUCCAUGAAAAAUAACAUCACUACCAGGAUCAUUUACUCAUUUCAAUACCAAGUCAUUUCACACUUCGUUUAACCUGGACUAAAUAUGAUCAUGUAUACACUUAUUUAGGAAAAUAUAUGAAUAUUAACUUGUACCCCAAUUAGCUAUUCUUUCUAAUGGAUGCGCACUCUGUGUCACUGUCAGCCAAUUUUGUGACAUUGCUUUGUAAACGAUGCAUGUGGACGAUAUAACGACAUUUUUUUCUGUAUAACCUUUAUAAGAACAAUGAAUAAAGACGUUUUUAUUCUA